UUACAACUUGCAGACUUUGAUUAUUUGCUUAUCCUUCUCUUAGAACUUUGGAAACUUCCCUUUACUUGUUUUUGCUAAAUCUGAUUCUUCUUCUAUUUUGAGGAGAUAGUGAACAGAUAUGGGCAUUGAACACGACAUGGAAAAUGGUGACAGCAGACUGUCGCUGGAAGAGUUAAGAGUGCCACUUACAGGACACUCCAAAGAUGAAUCAACCGGUGAAGAAGAAGCAGCUUCCGGCAAAAGGAGCAAGGAAUGUCGCUGGAUGCUUUACUUGAGCACAUUCGUCGCUGUUUGUGGUUCUUUUGAGUUUGGGGCUUGUAUGGGAUAUUCAUCACCAACACAGUCUGCUAUUAGGAAGGAGCUUAAUCUAUCACUGGCAGAGUACUCACUGUUUGGCUCUAUCUUGACAUUUGGUGCAAUGAUUGGUGCAAUCAUGAGUGGCCUAAUUGCAGAUCUCAUCGGUCGGAAAGGGGCAAUGAGAAUUUCAGCCAUUUUUUGCAUUGCAGGAUGGCUUCCCAUCUACUUUGCCAAGGGAGCUUUGUCACUGGAUAUUGGCAGGAUGUCCUUGGGAUAUGGAAUGGGAAUCUUUUCUUAUGUGGUACCAGUGUUCAUUGCUGAAAUAGCGCCCAAAGAUCUUCGAGGAGGCCUAACAUCAGUCAAUAUGGUUAUGGUCUGCUGUGGAAUCUCUAUCUACUUCAUUAUAGGGACAGUUCUGACGUGGCGGACCUUGGCUCUAGUUGGACUUGUCCCAUGUCUUAUCCUGCUUUUGGGCCUCUUUUUCAUUCCAGAGUCCCCCAGAUGGCUGGCAAAGAUGGGACACCAGAAAGAUUUUGUUGCUGCACUACAACAACUUCGUGGCAAGGAUGUUGAUAUCUCUGAGGAAGCAGCGGACAUUGUGGAUUAUGUGGAAACUAUUCGAAAGCUCCCUAAACCCAAAAUGGUGGAUUUGUUUCAAAGAAGAUACUUGCGCUCACUCAUUAUUGCAGUUGGACUAAUGCUCUUUCAACAACUUGGGGGAAUCACAGGAGUCUCCUUUUACGUGAGCGAGGUUUUUGUAACUGCAGGAUUUCCUGCCGCUGUUGGCACUGUAUCUUAUGCUUGUCUUCAGAUUAUAAUAACUAUAUUGUGUGCAAUCUUGAUGGAUAAAGCUGGAAGAAGAUUCCUUCUACUGGUUUCUGCUGCGGGGCUGGUGAUAGGCUGCAUACUAGUUGGGACUUCCUUUUAUCUAAAGGUCCAAGAAUCGGCACCUACAGUAGCCCCUCUACUUGCUGUAAUUGGAAUGAUGGUAUAUAUAGGAUCUUUCUCAGCAGGAAUGGGAGUUACUCCUUGGGUUAUAAUGUCUGAGAUUUUCCCAAUAAAUGUUAAAGGAACAGCUGGCAGCUUGUCGACAUUGGUGAACUGGAUUGGGGCAUGGGCUGUUUCUUAUGCCUUCAACUUUCUAAUGAGUUGGAGCUCCUAUGGUACUUUUUUCAUCUUCGCAGCAAUUAAUGUAAUAGCUAUCCUGUUCGUGGCCAAGUUAGUGCCCGAAACAAAGGGACGAACGCUGGAGCAAAUUCAGGCUGCCAUUAACACUGCCUAGGGAAACAAUGAAAAGUGGAGGGGUUUAAGACACAGAAAAAAGUUGGAGUUCCCUCAAGAAGCCAUUGUCUGAAUUCUUGACAACGUGCUGUUUUGUAUUGUACCUUUUUUAUCUUUGUAUAGAUUGUAUAGAAGGAUAAAAA